AUGGAGAAUGGUUAUUCCAAUGUAACGAGAACUCUUGUUCAUGCAAUCUUAAAACUGACAGCACCUCGACGCCAUACUACGAGCAGUCAAUCUGUGUGUCAGUAUAUCUAUUGCCAAUUUUCACUCGAUGACCAAGAAGAUCUCGAUGAAUCGUGUCAAAUAACAACAACCAGAUUAUCUUUUUAUGACAACGGACGACGACAUGAUAAUUCGUACAUAGUCAUGAUUUCUCAGUAUAUCCAGUUGUAUAUCUACCCAAUCUUCAUCUUAAUGGGCAUCAUUGGAAAUAGUUUGUCGUGUUACAUUAUGUUUCGAAACGUUCGUCGAAAUGGCUAUUCAGCCAAUCUAUAUUUAACAUUAUUAGCAUUUAUCGAUUGUUUAUUUCUAUUGGGUAGUGCCAUACCCGACUGGAUAUCACAUGUUGGUCGUUAUGCUCAUAUAAAAUAUCUGUCUGAUUUAUGUUGUCGUCUUGUUUAUUGGUUUGGACAUUUUACUACACAUUUAUCAGCUGGUCUUGUUGUUAGUGUCACUGUCGAGCGUUUUAUAGCUGUGCGUUAUCCAUUAUUGGCACCAAAGAUCAAUACCGUAUUCCAUACACAUGUCGUUCUGCUAAUGUUAAUAACAUUUCUCUUCGUCCUGGAUGGUCAUGUUUUCAUUCUCGUUAAACACUUUCAGGAAACCGUACAUAUCAUUUCAACAUGCCAUAACGACACGGAUGUACACUACGUUAGACCAACGAUCAUUCGCUGUGAUAUAGCCGAUGAAAGGAACGAAUCUGUAUGGGGUUUUGUUGAUUUUGCUGUUUAUGCUCUUAUACCAUUUGUUAUUAUUCUUACACUCAAUUCUCUGAUUAUCCACCGACUGAUUCACGCUCAACGUCUUCGACAAAGGAUGUCGUAUAAUAAUAAGAAGCUUUCUAGACAUGAAUAUGAACACAUACAUCGAAACAUAUCGGAUUUGAGUCCAACUUCGAUGGAAAAAUGCACUUCUCUGAAGCGUACUCGGUCGAUGCCAGUUAAACAACCGAGCCCGAAAAUCUCUCGUGGUCAUAGUAAUCCACAAUCAUUCCAUCUAAGUGUGAAACUUUCCGAUCUAUCAACUGAAACAUCGUUAGAAAUCAAACAUCGCUCAGGUCAUCUCUGCGAACACUCGUUCAUCGGCCAAACAACAAAUACGAGCAACAUACGUUUAACUAUUCUCUUACUUUUUGUCUCAUUCUCAUUUCUAGCAUUAACGCUGCCGUCGGUUGUGUUCAAUUUGAUUGUUUUCACCACAUUUCAAUCUCGGCCGCAAACAACAACAAAUUUCUCCACUGUUGCACGUUAUAACUUACCUCUGUACGCCCAAUUCUGUCAUGCAAUCAUACGUUUGUUCAUGAUUAUGAAUCAUUCGAUUAAUUUUAUACUCUAUUUUGUUGUUGGAAAGCGUUUUCGUCGCGAUUUAAAGCGGCUCUGUUGUGGUUGUUAA